AUGCGUCUAUCAAGAACAGCAGGCCUCAUGGCCUUGUGCUCCUCCGUGCGGGCCUUCACCGACUCGUCGCCCUUCAUCAUGCUCUCGACCGCUGAGUUCGCGAAGUCAAACCCCGCCCAGCUGCAGACCCAGUCCCAAGUCUUCAAGACCGUCCAGGACCUCCUCUCCUCCUGCCCGACAGACCGCUACCUCCUCGUCUCCCAGCCCAACGUCAACGCGGCCGAUAUCCGCAACCCGGACAACGGCGACUGCCAGUCCCCAAACCUGUGCCGCGCAAUUUCCGAUAAGGACGCCCGCGGUGUCUACAGUGUUGCCGAGGUCGUCGGCGAGGUGCCCAUCGGAAAGCUGGCUGGCUACAUCAAGGCGUCGUGCGCGGGCAAGAUCGUCGAGAUCGAGGAGGUCAGGCUCACUGCCCUUGGACGGGACGUCAAUGUGAGAGCCGCCACGCUCGCCGACAACGACCACGUUCUGGGCCAGCGCCUCGAGAAGCUUCACAAGGCGUCGGAGUCGUACACCGUCAUCUACCUUGCCAGUCCUUCGGAGCCCACCUACGAGGCCGAGUUCAUGGAGCCUCUGCACGCGGAGCUCAAGCGCCACGAGGCGAGCUUGCGUCAUGUGAGACGUGCCAAGAACGAGACUGAAUGGAGCAAGCUGCCUCUCUUUGAGAAAUACGUCUUCUUCUCGCCAGGCGUCUUCCAUGCCCUGAUUGCCACCAUUGUUCUCUUCAGCAUCCUCGGUGUCGGCAUUAGGGCUCUCGCCAGCCUCGAGAUCCCGUACGGUGCUUUUGAGAAGGAGAAUGGCCCUGCGGCUCACAAGAAGGCCCAGUAG